CAGGACCCCCCACCUUGCAGCGAGCAGGCCCCGAGGAACCGUUGCGAGCCCCGCAGGAGCGGGUGCCUCUAGGCCAUGUUUGCAGCCAUCCAGCCAGGACUGGCAGAGGGGGCCCAGUACCUGGGGAGCCUGCCUCCUGGAGUAUGUCAACCGGACCUCCAACCAGACAAUAAUUCCAACUUUGUGGAGAGUGCUAAGGAUGCCAAUAAGAACUGGCAUGGUGUGCCAGGCAAAGUGGAUCCCAUUCUGAUGAGGAGCUCCUCUGAGUCACCCUCUGAUAACCAGGUCUUCCAAGCCACUGGGCUCCCUGAGGCCGGAGUCCGCAGUCCCCCAGAGGGUGCAGAGAUCCCUGGUGCUGAGCCAGAGAAGUUGAGUGGUGCCAGCAGUGUCUGCUCGCCUCUGGAGGACAUUGGCUAUGCCAGCAGUUCCUUGAGCAUCGACAGCUUCAGCAGCAGUCCAGAACCUGUCUGUGGCACCCCUCGAGGACCGAGCCCUCUGGAUCCCCUUCUGCCCUCCGUGGCCCAGGCUGUGCAGCAGCUGCAGGCUCAGGAGCGCUACAAAGAACAGGAGAAGGAGAAACACCAUGUGCAUUUGGUGAUGUACCGUCGCUUGGCACUGCUCCAGUGGAUCCGGGCUCUGCAGCACCAGUUGGUUGACCAGCAGGCCCGACUGCAAGAGAGCUUUGACACCAUCCUAGAUAACCGGAAGGAACUUAUCCGCUGUCUGCAACAGAGGGAAGCACCUUGCAGGCACCAGGACCAGGGCUAAGGGUGUGUACAAGUGUAUAUAUUUGCAGGCUUAUGUGUGGUUAUGCACAAGGAAGUAUGUGAAUUAGUUGGCAUGUGUGCAAGUAAGCAUACGUGAUUAGGUGUAUGCUGACAUGUAAGCAGGUAUGUAAGGCAUGUGUGAAUGAACUUGUAUGUAUUACAUGUUGCAUGUGUGUUUAUGUAUGCAUGUGUGGCUAGAUAUCCAGGAAUGUGUAUAUAUAUUCCCAAAUGUAGAGGCAAAAGAUAUGUAUGUGUGUGUAUCCAUUUAAAUGUACAGGCUUGUGUUGGAUGUGAGUGAACCUCUGUGUGUUGAGACUUACCUGUUCCUGUGCUGGCAUUAGAAGCAUGUGCUAGGAACAUGUGUAUUUGCAGAGACUUAAGAGCAGGUGUGUGUAAAUAUAUGUUCAAUUGCACCUGCAGGGCAUCUACCCAUCCCCUGUGUUCCCAAAGUCUACCCCAGCCUGAUCCUCUACUGAGUCUCACCUCCCAGCUUCCGGGAGCAAGAAGCCUAUCUCACUGUCAUAUAUCUGAGAGCUGUGGCUGAUCUGUACUCCUGGAGUUGCCCAGGCUACCUUUCCUAUCCCCUCCCCUCUGAUCUUGCUCUAAGACUGCUGUCCCUAACGUUGGCUUUUUUGUAAGUGUUUUUUAUCUGGGGUGGUUGCUUUUUGUUUGUUUUGCUUAUGACAUACAGUACCAGGGAUUGAACCCAGAGCCCUGUGCAUGCUAGGCAAAUGUCCUACCACUGAGCUGAACACUCAGCCCCGGUUCAGAGAUAUAUUGGUGCACUGGCCUUCCUGUGUAUGCAUUUAUGGUUGUUUGGCUAGGACGGUUUGUGGAGAAUUGGCAUCAAGAAGGGAACUGGCAUAGUGGUGGAGGCUGUGGCCAGGGUGGGAGUGGAGAUAAAGAAUGAUAGAAGAAACUGUCCUCUUAGCGGGGCUCUAGUGGUACACACCUUUAAUCCCAGCACUGGAGAGGCAGAGGCAACUGGAUCUCUGAGUUCCAGAACAGCCUGGUCUACAGAGUGAGUUCCAGG